UGUGGGGUCGGUGGUCUGGGCCGGGCUGCCCCUCGGCCCCUGCCCCUGCCCCUGCCCCUGCCCUGCUGAGCCUGGAUGGGGGAGAUCUCCGUAGGAAGGGACUUAGUCAUCUUCUCUCCCUGCCCUCACCCCUGGCGGAGCAAGGGCAGGCUGGGAUCCUGGACCCACCAUCUGCCUCUUCCCAGCCUCCCUCAUCACGGUCUGAGCCGCCCUCAGGUGAAGAGUGAGGGACCCAAGCUGGUGCCCUUCUUCAAGGCCACCUGCGUGUAUUUUGUGCUCUGGCUGCCUUCGACCAGCCCAUCGUGGGUCAGCGCCCUCAUCAAGUGCCUGCCCAUCUUCUGCCUCUGGCUCUUCCUUCUGGCCCAUGGCCUAGGAUUCCUGCUGGCCCACCCCAGUGCCACCCGCAUCUUUGUGGGGCUCGUCUUCUCCGCUCUAGGUGAUGCCUUCCUCAUCUGGCAGGACCAGGGCUACUUUGUGCAUGGUCUGCUGAUGUUUGCCGUGACCCACAUGCUCUACGCCUCGGCCUUUGGCAUGCGGCCACUGGCUCUACGGACAGGUCUGGUGAUGGCAGUGCUGUCCUGCCUGGCCUAUGCUCUCCUCUACCCGUGCCUCUCAGAUGCCUUCACUUAUCUGGUGGGGGUCUAUGUGGCCCUGAUCGGCUUCAUGGGCUGGCGGGCUAUGGCAGGACUGCGGCUGGUCGGGGCAGCCUGGCGCUGGACUGAGCUGGCAGCAGGCAGUGGUGCGGUGCUCUUUAUCAUCUCAGACCUGACCAUCGCCCUCAACAAGUUCUGCUUCCUCGUGCCCUACUCCCGGGCGCUCAUCAUGUCCACCUACUACGCUGCCCAGAUGCUCAUCGCCCUGUCAGCUGUUGAAAGCCGGGAGCCAAUGGAAGACUACAGACUGAGCAAGGCCAACUGAGAGGCCAGGGUCUGGUUACCCCUGUCUUCUUCUGGGACGGGGGUCUAGAACCUGCAAGAACUGGGUCAGGAUGGCUGUAGGUCUCACCUGCGGCAGUGAAUACCACCCGGAAAAUGUAGAAGUGAGGGGGUAAGCCAGAAAAAGAUCUCUCUAGCAAAGCUGGUGGUCUGGAACAAUUCUGAGAGCUGAAAAGAGCCAGCCUAAUUCUCCUUCCUGGGGCCAGAAUUAGAUAUUUCCCCACCUCUAACCCCAUCGGGACUGUCAAAACCCCUCUGGAGGGUGAUGGUGCUCAGUGUCUUGACCGCCUCCCACUUCUACUAGAUGGAAGAGUCUGACUCACCCACUCCCACUCUUUGUAAUCUGCACAGUUAAGGGAAGAGGGGAGAAAUCUGAGCUGAGAUGACCCAAGCCCAGGGCUUGAAGCCCCUUUUGCAGGCCCCUAGUUGGGAAGACUGGAUGAGGAUGGAAUCUCCCUUUCCUUCAUCUCUCCUUAUUACUUGAACAAUCUCAAUUUCUAAGUGUUGGGUGGGAAGAUGAAGGGGUGUCUGUCCGGGUAGGCAAGACUGGGGACUUCAUUGGCCUGGGGGCUUGGGUUACCAAGGAUUCUGGUUGGUCCCAUCUCUCUCAGAGGCUAGCCCAGCGUGCAGGCCUACUACCACUACCCUUAGGACCCUAUCCCCAGGGCUAGGGUGAACCAUGCCAAAGGAAGGGGCCAGCCUGUCUGUGUGUCUGUGCACGUGAGUCUGUGUGUGUGUGUGGUCUGUCUCCCAGCCUGUCUAUGUCUUGCUCUGCCAUCUGUCUCUGUCCUGCUGUCUAAGUCUUAUAGGGAGAGAGCCUCAGGGAGUUGCUGAGGGGGUGCUGAGCCUAGCUUAGAGAGCUGGGACCCCACCCUGCCUCCAUCAGUGCUUUCCUCUCUGUCCCUUCUGCACUGAGAGUGAGAGGAGGGGCCUCCGAUGACUUUCUAGGGUCUUAAGACCUAAGGCACAUUCAAUGCAAAAGGAGCAAGGAUGGGUGGGACAACUCUAUCCCUUGCUGCUUACGUGAACAAAAAAAUAAAAACCAAGGGCCAUCGCUGGCCUGCUUAUC